UCCUGCUCAGGCGCGAUUUCUAACGCGGGAAAAGAGAGGCAGAGAGGUCGGGUCACUGUAUCUAACGAGCCUGACAGCCUCGGGAAGGACGGAAAGUACCUGAGCUUCUUUAACUCUGAAACAGCAGAACAUUACUAUAGAUUUUUUAUUAUUUUAUACUAUUUUUAAUGCUGUUGGAAAUGAAAACUGUAUUAGAGGAUCAUCUGAGAUCUCCUGAACAGCAGCAGCAGGGAGAGGACUGAGCUGGAGAUACUCACUUAACAAGGACAACUUUCUUCUGUACUGGAUACUUUUUGUCUUGGGCUGCAGUGGAGUUUUUUAUAUUGCUAUAAUCUAUAAUAUAUAUUAAUACACAUUUUUUAGUGUUUUAUUACCCUAUACUAUUUUAUAUCAACAUAUAGAACUAUUUAUAUAUUUUUAGGGUUUUUUUUAUUAAUUAUUAUCAUUCCGGCCAUGGCUGACAGCAAACACCCCCAAGUGAUUUUCUGCAACGACUCGCCAAAAAGGGUCCUGGUGUCCGUCAUCAAGACCACCCCGAUCAAACCAAAAACUGUGGAUUCAGUGAUGCCCACCAGCCCGGGCUUCAGCGACUUUAUGGUGUACCCCUGGAGGUGGGGGGAGAACGCGCACAACGUGACUCUGAGUCCGGGAUCAGGGUCAGGGAGCGGGGCUGCCUCUCCCACCAGAAACCCCUCAGCUACAGAAUCGGACCUAGCCUCUGCAGAGCACUUAAAGGAUGGAAUCCGUCGUGGCCGUCCACGGGCCGACACCGUCCGCGAGCUGAUCAAUGAAGGGGAGAACUCCACCAGCCGCAUCCGCUGCAACAUCUGCAAUCGGGUCUUCCCCAGAGAGAAGUCGCUGCAGGCGCACAAACGAACACACACAGGUGAGAGGCCCUACCUGUGUGAUUUCCCGGAGUGUGGGAAGGCCUUCGUCCAGAGUGGUCAACUGAAAACUCACCAGCGCCUUCACACUGGAGAGAAGCCCUUCGUUUGCUCAGAGAAAGGCUGCGGUAGCCGCUUCACUCACGCUAAUCGACACUGCCCUAAGCACCCAUAUGCCAGGCUGAAAAGAGAAGAGCCAAUUGCAGAGCCAGGGAAAUCCCAGGGGGCUGACAACAAGGCUGUUGCUGAGUGGUUAGCAAAGUACUGGCAGACAAGAGAACAACGAGCUCCUGCUCCAAGUAAAGGAAAACCCCUAAACAAUGUUGCUAUGGAGGACCAGGAGCAGCAGGACCCCAUGGACUUCCUGCCUUCAGAUGAAGGAGAAGAAGAGGAACCAGAGGAGGGGAAGAGCAGCAGUGGGGGCGGAGCCGCCCGGCGACGCCUCCAGGAACAGAGGGAGCGCCUCCAUGGGGCCCUGGCUCUCAUCGAGCUGGCCAACAACCUGUCUGCCUGAAUUCACCAGUGUAAACUAAUGCCUAGGGUUGCACUAUAGUGAGUAAUAUCCAGUGUAAUUCAGCAAAGUGUUGCAAACGAGAUCUCCUAACGUCCCAUUCACAUUACUAGCGAUUUUACCCAUGUUUUGCAACCCUAGGGUUUCCAGCCUAGCAGUGCACCUGUGGGGUUGGUAUAAGCUAAAAGCACCUUAUUUUUGCUUCCAUUUUAAUGUUAGGCUGCUACCAUGUUAGAUUUCUUUAUAUGAAGAAUGUUCUUUUUUUCUUCUGCUUAUCAAAGAGAGAGAGAAAGCGAGAGAAAGAGAAAGACGAUCAUUGUCAUGUUUUAUUUUUGGUUGUGUUGUGCACUUUUUUUGGUAACGAGUUUUUUUUUCCCUUUUCUUUUUUUUUUUUCUUCUUCAUACUUGUUUGUUUGUGUGUGUAAGUUGUGAACAUGUUUAUGUUUAUUGUGUACAUAGGUGGACUUUGGUGUGUGUGUGUAUGUGUGUGGUUGUGAUACCGAGUGCUAUACGAUACCAGAUAAGCACUCAAAUGUUUGGCGAAGGUAUAACCUGUCCAGUCAAGAUGAAACCAGUAUAGGCUCAGUGCUCUGAGAUGACCAAGCAAAAGAAAGGCUGUUUUCCUUCUCUCUUUUUAUAUUAUUUUAUAUAAGUUGCACCUGAAAUUUAACAGUAUGUUUUAGCAUGACUUGCUGCACGUAGGCCUUCGUUGUUGCUUCAGUCCACUCUUCCGUCAUAUCUAACACCACUGUAUGUUUUUAAACCUUUCUGUUACCUAUUAUCAUCCUGUGGUUGCGAGGUUUGGGAAUAGCAGUGACAUUGACUAACUCUCGCACAGAAAAACUCUAGAAUGCACCAUAUACCUUUAUCUGACGUACAGUGUAAGCAUAUAUACACACAUAUAUUGGUUAUAGCAGGUGAUGCUGCUUCAUGGUGACAGGCUGUUCAGAAUCAUUUACAUUUAGUGUUACUUUUUUCUACAUCAGCAGUUCAGCAGAGGGUCGCUGGAUACGUCAGUGGUGGUUGUGUCAGUUUGGAAAGUGUGACAGAACAAAGACUAUAUUCCCAUCCCACAGUUCUCACUUAAAGCCAACAGAUAGCACUUGUUUUGGCCAUGCAAAGAGUUUUUUUGCUCUGUGCUCAAUAGGACAUAUACACAGUCUGCGACACUACAUUAAGAGUUUCAGCUUUCUCAAAAAAAAAAUAACCCUCCUUGGUUAGAAUUGGAUGGUGGUUAUUACAGUGAACACGUACUUAUCACAUGAACUCUGAGGAAUUAAUGAAUUAAUCAAUGUUCUAAUAAGAUAAUUUUUAUAAAAGCCCCAUGAAACUGGAAAGCAUUUUUUUCUAUUAAACAUCCAAUCAGAAGUACUUUUAUUAAGUAAUCCUAAUUCUUGUAUGUUUCCUUAUAUAUAUAAAUAAUAUAUUCACAAAGUCAUUUGAAAAAGCUGCACAAGGUAUACCUUUAAGGUGACUUCUUAAAGCAUUCUUUGUGAUUGUCUUUGUUUUUUUUGUGACAACAGAAUGUAAAUCAGGUUGUUCGAUCUGUAUCAUGGAAAGUUUGCAGUGUGGAAAUGGCAUUGUAAAUGUGUAAAGCAGGUAUUUUCCCAUAGAAAAAAUUUAGUGUAAGAACUGCUGGUUUUCAUUAAAUGCCAUAAAUGAC